AGCGACCGCAGCUCCCCACGCCGGAUCUUUGUCAACUAAAUUUUGUAUUGUGUAUAAUCGAGGGUCGCGAGGAGUGACGUUCGUUGGUGUGUCCUUUAUUUUAUCAAAUUCUUCCUUCUCAACUCGUGCCCAGACCCGCCCGAACAAAGGUUCAAAAUGGCAGCGAGCGAUGCGGCGGACGAUUCUCUCUACCCGAUUGCGGUCCUCAUAGACGAGCUGAAGAACGAGGACAUUCAGCUGCGUCUCAACUCCAUCAAGAAACUGUCCACAAUCGCCUUGGCGCUGGGCGUCGAGCGCACACGCAGCGAGCUCAUCCCUUUCCUCACUGAGACCAUCUACGAUGAAGACGAAGUCUUGCUUGCGUUGGCUGAGCAGCUCGGAAACUUCACUCCACUCUGCGGCGGGCCUGAAUAUGUCCACUGUCUACUGCCACCACUGGAGUCCUUGGCCACGGUGGAGGAAACUGUGGUUCGAGACAGGGCAGUUGAGUCGCUGCGGCAAAUCUGCGCUCUGCACAGCCCAGCAGACCUGGAGAACCACUUCGUUCCGCUGGUUUUGCGUCUCGCUGCUGGUGACUGGUUCACAUCUCGCACUUCAGCUUGUGGUCUCUUCAGCGUCUGCUACCCCAGAGUCUCUGCCAACGUGAAAGCCGAUUUGCGUCACAACUUCCGCAACAUGUGUCAGGAUGACACCCCCAUGGUUCGGCGCGCCGCUGCCACCAAGUUGGGCGAACUCGCCAAAGUAGUCGAGCUCGAGUACCUCAAGGCCGACCUCAUCCCCAUGUUUGUGAACCUAGCCCAGGAUGAACAGGAUUCAGUUCGUCUUCUGGCUGUCGAGGCCUGCGUCAGCAUUGCAACUUUGUUGCAGCAGGAGGACGUUGAGCAGCUGGUCAUGCCCACCCUGAGGCAGUGCGCAGAGGACAAGUCGUGGCGCGUGCGCUACAUGGUUGCUGAAAAAUUCACAGAGCUGCAAAAGGCAGUUGGACCGGAAAUCACAAAGACAGAUUUGGUGCCGGCGUUCCAGUCUCUUUUGAAGGACUGCGAGGCUGAAGUUCGUGCUGCGGCCGCUCACAAAGUUCGAGACUUCUGUCAAAAUCUGGACUCGUACCAGCAGGAGUCGAUAAUCAUGAACAACAUCCUGCCCUACGUGAAGGAGCUGGUUGCAGAUCCCAACCAGCAUGUCAAGUCUGCCCUUGCUUCUGUCAUUAUGGGUCUCAGCCCCAUUCUCGGCAAAUACAACACCAUAGAGCACCUUCUGCCACUGUUUUUGUUGCAACUCAAGGAUGACUGCCCGGAAGUUCGUCUCAACAUAAUUUCCAACCUGGACUGCGUGAAUGAGGUCAUAGGAAUACAGCAACUGUCCCAGUCACUGUUGCCUGCCAUUGUUGAGCUAGCCAGUGACGCCAAGUGGAGAGUUCGUUUGGCCAUCAUCGAGUACAUGCCCCUUCUGGCAGGCCAACUCGGAGUUGAGUUCUUCGACGAGAAACUCAACACUCUGUGCAUGACUUGGCUCAUUGAUCAUGUUUUCGCCAUUAGAGAAGCAGCAACCCUCAACUUGAAAAAGUUGGUAGAGAAGUUCGGACCUGAGUGGGCACAAAGCACAGUGAUCCCUAAGGUGAUCGCCAUGUCCAGAGAUCAAAACUACCUUCACAGGAUGACUUGUCUGUUCUGCAUUAAUGUCCUUGCAGAGGCGUGUGGACCAGACAUAACUGCAAAGCACAUGCUCCCCACUGUCUUGACCAUGGCGUCGGAUAAUGUAGCCAAUGUAAGGUUCAACGUUGCCAAAACUUUGCAAAAAAUUGGACCCAUUCUUGAUAUGAGCUGUCUCCAAGGACAAGUAAAACCUGUUCUUGACAAAUUGAGUGGAGACACAGACGUGGAUGUUAAAUAUUUUGCUACAGAAGCAAUUUCAGGUAUUCCAGCCCUUGGUUAAGCAUCAGUAAAUUAACACUUCAAAUUAGAGACACCACCAUCAUAAUGAGGGAAAGUGAGUCACAUUGUCAGGUGCGACAUUGAAAACAAACCACGCCGGUUGAAAAUUCAGAAUCGUAAUUUUGUUUUGUUCUCAACCAACCACACUGUCCUUCACUGGUGACUGUUUCUCCCCAUUAAUUCUCGAAACUUAACACUACUCGUAAGCUUUUAUAAGGGAUCUAAGUUAAAUAGUUUUGUUGCAGAGUAAUUAUUUGAGCAAAUGAUGUAUCGAGACAUGUACGAAACAUUUAAAAUUGUAAUAACUUAAAUUAAAGUCAUAGUGGAGCAGUUCUUUGUAAUUUUGUGCACCAGUUAUCAUCCUCGUCAGGACUAAAUCUAAUAAUUCAAGCAAACAGAGUUUAGAAAAAUUUCUGCGAAAUAAAUGUUAAGUUUUGUUUGUACCUUGACAAAUAACUUUUUGUUGCUCCGAUGUGUAAAUAAACAUACUUAAGAAUAAAAUGAGAUACUGCUGAAAAAUAA